CUCGGUGGGUAUAAAGGCAGACCCUGCUGCUGCCUUCAACUCAGAACGACUCUGACUUCCCUUAGAGAGAAGUGACGAGGGCUGAGCAGACCAAGCAGCAGCCUACAGAAACUACGCUUUACCUUUUGGUGGAAAGGAGAAGCCUUACCCAAACGAGAUCGACUUGAUCGGAAGCAAGACAGAGACAGCCAUUUGAGAGAAGACUACAGCUCCAGAGAGCCAGACGAAGACUUGAGGGAAAGAUUUUGUUAUAUGCUUUUUUGAAUCACAAGACGACAGAGAAAAUGUUUUCCGGAAUGAGCCUGAUUUUUGCACUCUGCUUCACUUUCUUCAGCUGGGCGGCUGCUCAGGAGUGCCCCAGUCAGUGCCAGUGCCCUGGCAUGCCCCCACAAUGCCCCCCAGGUGACAGCUUAGUCCUGGAUGCCUGCGGGUGUUGCCGUGUGUGCGCUAAACAGCUGGGAGAGCUGUGCACUGAGAGAGAUGUGUGUGACCCUCACAAAGGCCUGUACUGUGACUACGGCUCUCCAAACAACCGACGCAUUGGAGUCUGCACUGCUCGAGAGGGUGCCCCCUGCGUGUUCGGAGGAAAUGUGUAUCGCAGCGGUGAAUCAUUCCAGAGCAGCUGCAAGUACCAGUGUACAUGCCUGGAUGGUGCAGUGGGUUGCGUGCCACUCUGCGGCAUGGACGUGCGACUGCCCAGCCCGGAUUGCCCCAUGCCUCGCAGGGUCAAAGUGCCAGGAAAAUGCUGUGAGGAAUGGGUAUGCGACUCACCCCCCACCACCAACUCCUUCAUGGGCUCUUUUCUGCCAGCUUACAGAGAAGAAGAGACCUAUGGCCCAGAUCUUUCCAUCAUGCGUGAGAACUGCCUAGUUCAGACCACUGAAUGGAGUGCAUGCUCAAAGACGUGCGGCCUUGGCAUCUCCACUCGUGUGACCAAUGACAAUCGCGGGUGUCGUUUGGAGAAGCAGUCUCGCCUCUGCAUGGUCCGUCCCUGCGAAUCCCACCUGGAGGAGAAAAUCAAGAAAGGAAAGAAGUGCAUUCGUACCCCUCGAGUAUCCAAGCCCAUGAAGUUUGAGGUUUCCGGCUGCACCACCACCAAGGCUUACCGCCCCAAGUUCUGCGGCGUGUGCACCGAUGGUCGCUGCUGCACUCCUCACAGGACCACGACCCUGCCCGUCGAAUUCAAGUGCCCUGACGGCCAGGUCAUGAAGAAGCAGAUGAUGUUCAUCAAGACGUGUGCAUGCCACUACAACUGCCCAAGCGAAAAUGACAUCUUUGAGUCCCUGUACUACAAGAAGAUGUUCGGUGACACGGCAUGAACAAGAACAGUGUGAGUUGAUCGAAGAAAAUUCCGUCCACUUGAACCAGAUAUCCAUCUCAUAUCACAGAAUUGUACUCGUCUUAUGUCUUAUGUCUUAUGUCUAGGUUUGUUUCCUUGUUGUUUUUGUGUGCGUCUUUUCCUGUUGUUUAUCGGUAUUAUCAUAUCCAAUGUGUCAUGAUGGAUGUUCGUGCCUCAAAGUGGGUGGGAAUGGAUAAAAACAACAAAAAGGUUGUUUGAAGAAAAAAAAAAACGACAAAACAUAACUGCACUAUAAAUUCAGCAACACUACUUGUUGCUGAUUAUCCUGAUUAUGGUAAUCCCCUCCCCCAAAUUGUGGUGGGCGGAUCCAAAGAGCGGUGAAAGGUGAGAAGGGCAACAGACUUUAACCUCAGAAGAGAAGCUAGAACGCCUCACCUAUGUGAGUGAGAGAUAGAGAGUGAGUGAGAGAGAGAGUAUGAAUGUGCCCUUGUUUGUAGCUAACAGAGCUCUAGCCAUGUUUUUACUGAGAUGUUAAGACCAGCAGAAGGUGGUUCCUGCAGCACUGAGUGUCAAACUUCGACUAACUGAUUCAAAGAGAGUCGGUAAUUUGUCAAAAGGAAAAAAAGAAAAACGACUGGACGAUUUGCAGCUUCAUUCUUUUUUUUUAUAUAUUUUUUUUGAACGCUGUAAAUAAUGUACAUAAUUUUUUGUACAGGUUAAAUUAAUUUAAAUUGAAAACCUUUGUCAUUGUUAAUUGUCUCGCUUCACUUUGUGUGUAAUGAUAGCUUAUUUUUCUCGCUGACGUGACUGUUCUUGUUACAGUUCUUGUAUUAUUUUAUUGAGAAGUGUGACCAAAAAGUUACAUGUUUUCAACUUUUUUUGUAGUUUGAAAUAAAAUGUUAUAUUUUUUAUAUAAA